GUCAGUUUGAUUUUUGUUUAGUGUUGCGAAAGACAAAAUCUGAUCGUUUUGAAGUCCAAAUUGGAUUUAAUAACAAGUGAAGUUUAAUAGUGAUCACGUUUGUUCGAUAAGAGUGCCUAAUAAAAAAGAUAGAAAAAUGUUUUCAUUAUUCACAUCAGUUUGUGUUCUAUCUUUAACGCUAUCGAACGUUAUAAUGGCAGCAACAGCAAGUGACGAUCUUCAAUUCACCAAAGCUUCUAAUAGUUUUGCUACUGAUCUUUAUCAGAAAACUAUCGAAGGCAAGAAUGGAAAUGUUAUCAUUUCUCCAUUGUCGAUUCAAUCGGCUUUGACUUUGGCUAUGUUUGGAGCUACUGGAAGUACACGACAGGAAAUGUUAACAAGCUUAAAGUAUCCAGCUGACUACACCAACCAAGCGAUUUCGCAAAACUUCGAAACGUUCACUGAAAAAGUAAAAAGCACAAAUGGAUUGAAAAUCGCGAACAAAGUCUAUGUAAUGAAGAAGUAUUCAGUUAAGAAGUCUUUCAAUGACGUUGCAAUGAAGAGUUUUGCAUCUGAAGCUCAAUCAUUGGACUUUGCAGAAAAUGUACAAUCAGCUGCUACAAUCAAUGGAUGGGUCGAAGAUCACACCAACAACAAGAUCAAAGACUUGGUUAAGCCUGACACUUUGGACUCUGACACUCGCAUGGUUCUCGUUAAUGCAAUUUACUUCAAAGGAUUCUGGGAACAUCAGUUCAAACCAAGCCAAACAUUCAAAGCUCCUUUCUACCUCAAUGAUCAAGACACUGCUAAUGUUGAUUUCAUGAAAAUCAAAGAACAUUUCAAGUACGGAAUGUUCGAAGAUUUAGAUGCAACAGCUAUUGAUUUGCCUUAUAAAGAUUCUGACAUUUCAAUGCUCAUUAUCUUGCCCAAUUCACGUACUGGUCUACCUGCUUUGGAACAAAAAUUGAACACAAUUGACUUGGCUUCUUUGACGCAAAAGAUGUAUAAGCAGGAAGUCAGAGUUGAGCUUCCCAAGUUCAAAGUUGAAUUUGAAAUAAAUUUGAACGAACCAUUGGAGAAGAUGGGAAUGGAGAGAAUGUUCAGCAACGCAGCUGAAUUCAACGAUUUGCUUGAAGAAAAUGAUCCAUUGAAAGUAUCGGCAGUCGUUCACAAAGCUUUCAUUGAAGUCAAUGAAGAAGGUGCUGAAGCUGCAGCUGCUACAGGCGUUCAAGCCGUAUUUUUGUCAGCAUUCAUUGGGCCAAGCACAAAGUUUAUUGCGAAUCAUCCAUUUUUGUUUUAUUUAAGAGACAACGAAUCGAAGAUUCUUUUCCUUGGAAGAACUGAAACAAUUUAAAUCAAAUUUUAUCAUAAAUAAAUGAAAUAUGAAUCAUAAGUUGAUAGUCUUGCUAAGUUUUGUUACUUCAUUAUUUUUCUCAGGCAUACAAAUCAUGGCAGCAUCUUUCCGACCUGAUAUAUUCUUCAAAUGUGAUCGACCAUUUUUAUUUGCAUUACGGGAUAAUUCCAAUGCGCUUUUCUUGGGACGCAUCCGUGAAUUUUGAGAAAUGGUAGAAAUGUUAGGAUUCAAUUGAUUCAUUUUUUCAUAUGUUUUGUGAGAUAAUAAAAAACUACCUUUUGAUGUAAUAACACUUGUUGAUUUUUCAUUAUUUAUUAGGUGACUUUUUUAAUAAAUAUUUUAAAAAGCUUCUAGUCGAGUAUUUAGGGAAUGAUUCUUGGUGAUUUGUGUGAUGUUCCAUAAUUAGUGUAAAAGGAAAUCUUAAUGCAUGAAAUCGACAUGCUUCAUGCUUAAUAUUUAACAAAUCUCACUGAUCUUGUUUUCGUUAAUCGAAACCUGACCAUGUCAGCUUUGAAAAUUGAUUUUUCACUAUCACAGAUUACAUUUAAAAACUUUAUUGUCAAUAAUCUCAACAUUUUCACAUUUGUGCUAAUGUUUCGAGUAUCUGAUGCAGAUUUCAAUAUU